AACAUGUUCCGAUGAUAUACCACUCUCAAUGAUCUCAUCGUCGGCAGAUGUUUUAAAUACACGRCGGGUAUGUGCUGUAGGGCGGAGAUGUGAUCUCCAGCCCAAAUCCUUUACUGUCCUACGUUAUGCUGACAUGGCGUUUCUUGAUUGGCAGCAGCCGAACUGCCCAUUUAGUGGGCCACUGUAUAAGAAUGGGUAACAUGACAUCUCCAUUCCAAAUUCCAACCACCUCCGGCUCCGGGUUGUAAUGUAGACGAUUCCAACUAAUCUCUAUUUGGCUUUGGGCGUGUAAGCGCGUUAGCGAGUUCGAAUUAUCGGGUGAUGAUGCGUGUAUCGGAAUCGGAAUCUAUACGCAUCAAAAAACUUUAGUCAAGUUGCUUUUCGUUGCUACCUUGCUGGGCCCUGAUUUCGCCGGACGAGCCCGACUAGCGAACCAGAGAAGGAGGAGAGAGAGAGAGAGAGAGAGGGAGGGAGAAGAAGAAGAAGACAUGGGAUUGCUCUCUAACAGGAUUAACAAAGAGAGCCUGAAACCAGGGGAUCACAUCUAUUCAUGGAGGACCGCUUAUGUCUACGCCCAUCACGGCAUCUACAUUGGGGAUGAUAAGGUCAUACAUUUCACCCGAGGACGAGGUCAAGAAGUGGGAACUGGGACAGUGUUGGAUCUCCUCCUAGUAAGCUCUGGACCAUCCCAAUCUCAAGUCCCCUGCACCACCUGUAACCAACAAGAACAUGGAGUUGUAUCCUCUUGCCUUAGUUGUUUCCUUGCUGGUGGAGUCCUAUACCRGUUCGAGUAUGAUGUCCAUCCUGCUCAUUUUCUCGCAAAAGCUCGGGGCGGAACAUGCACCCUUGCAGGAUCAGACCCAAGUGACGUUGUGAUCCAUCGUGCAACUUACUUGCUUAAUAAUGGCUUUGGAUGCUACAACGUUUUCAAGAACAAUUGUGAGGACUUCACCAUCUACUGCAAGACCGGUCUGCUUGCUGUUGAUCAAGGAACAAUUGGCCAGAGUGGCCAGGCUGUAUCUAUCAUCGGUGGCCCUCUUGCAGCUGUCCUAUCAACACCCUUGCGCCUCAUUACUACAAAUGUAUAUGGGAUGACGGCAACUGCAGUUGUUGUCUAUUGUGCCAGCCGAUAUGCUGCUGACAUUGGCAUGAGGAGGGAUGUGGUGAAGAUAGCCGUGGAGGAUCUGACAACUAGGUUGCUCACAGGUAGGGUUCAGGUGAUUGAGGCAGGUGGUGCAAUUUCAGAACUCCCGGUUCAACAAUGACUCAGGUUUUAGUUAAAAGAAUGGUGCUUCACUAUAUAUAUAUAUAUAUAUAUAUAUAAACAGAAUGUUGUUUCACUUGGUUAACAAUUUGUUCUGAUACUAUCCCCCGCAUGAAUGCAUCCAUGCAUUAUAUUGAUGGAUCUGUUAUGGAGGACUGCACCUUGUCUUUUGGCUGUGUUUUGUGUUCUAUAUUACGGGUGGCAUUGUCUCAUGUAUUUCUAUACCCUAGUGUUUCUCUGUAGACUUGGUUUCGAGCCCUAUAUUGUGAAGUGAUCUCUAUGCAAAGUUUAGCAUUUGUUGGGCAAUGCUUUAUCA